AUGGUCUCCUACUGGCUGAUAUUUGUUUCAUUUUUGUGUCUUUCUCCGGGUCACGAUGCUAAAAGCUUCUUUGCCGAUUUUGUCAGCGGCAAAGGUCCAUUCAAGCAGGCAGAUGCUCUGAAGUUCCUUGACAAAAUGAAUAUUUUGAACAAACUCCAAGCUGAAAUUCUUGAAGUGCAAGCCCCCCCAGUAGACAUUUCUGCUGAUGAUUUGGAGACUAUGGUUCAAACAAAACCAGACGAGAUUCCCUAUCUGUUUGAAGGAGAUAUGGUUUUGACUGACGAACAAUGGGAUAUCAUUAUUAGCAAUGUCCGUGAUCAGUACUGGGCAAGAAAAUCUUCUCUGCAUGAGUUCCUAUAUGCUAUCAGAGGAAAAAGAUCAAUGACUUCUUCACUAUCUCUUCGUUGGACCUUCCCGAUUCCAUAUUAUAUUAACACUGCUACUGGAGCUGAUACCAAUGCAAUUCUCGCUGGUGUGGCUAAAUGGGAAGAGGAAACUUGCGCGAGAUUCACUAGACUAAAUCGUUUACCUUCAAGAGGCAAUGCAUUAGAAUUCAUUUCCGGAAGCGGAUGCUGGUCAUAUAUUGGAAGAAUCGGAUCAUCUUCUCAGCAAGUUUCGAUUGGUGUCGGCUGCACAUCACUUGGAACAGUUUGUCACGAAAUUGGACACGCCCUUGGCUUCUACCACGAACAGGCUCGCUACGACCGUGAUGAAUAUGUCUCGAUUCUCACUCAAAACAUCCAAUCCUCAUAUUUAAGUCAGUUCUCUAAGCAAUCCUUUUCGAGUAUGGUCGACUAUGGAGUUGGAUAUGAUUACGGAUCAGUGAUGCAUUAUGAUCAACUGGCCUUUUCGUCAACUGGAGGAAAUACGAUUGCAACUUUGGACCCUAACUACCAAGCUACCAUUGGGCAGAGAACCGCACCAUCGUUUGCUGAUGUCAAGAGAAUCAAUUUGGCUUACUGUAAUUCUUCUUGCACAAACACCCUCAAUUGCCAAAACGGAGGUUACAUCAAUCCAAAUGACUGUAACGCAUGCAAAUGUCCCCCAGGAUUUGGUGGCCAACUUUGCAAUGUUGCUGGCACUAGUAGCAAUGGAUGUGGAACCGGAGAUCUCACUGCCACUAGCACAAUCCAAACGAUUUCAGCUUCUGGAGCGUUGACUUGUACUUAUGUGAUUACUGCUCCCGUCGGCGCAAAAGUCUAUUUCCAAAUGACUGCUGCCACAUUCUCCCGUUCCUCUCCAUGUACAAGCAACUACCUGGAAAUUAACUAUCGUGGAGAUUUUACAAGAGUCGGAGCUAGAUUCUGCACUUCUUAUCCUACUAUCUCACUGUCUGAAACCAACCAGUUGGUUGUGAUCUACAGAGGAAUCAAUGGGGCUCGCUUCUCACUCAACUACAGAUAUGAUCCUGUCACUUUCUCUACAUCGGCUCCAGUGACAACUACCACCACUUCUACUAAAACUACAACUCCACUUCCAACUAUUUCACCAACUACAACAACUACUACAACAACUACAAGACCAACGACCACAACUACACGAGCGCCAACUACUACAACAACCACUACACAACAACCAAUCACUACAACUUCACAAUGUGCCAGGUGGAGUGGUUGUUCAGCUCAAUGCGGAGGUUGCGGUACCCAAUCCAGAAGAUGUGGAAGCUACGUUGAGACCGUCUACUGUAACACAAACCCAUGCACUGGAGGAUACUGCUGUCGUCCGUUCUUCUACGUCACAUCCUUUGGAACUGGUUAUUGUAGACGUCCGGGAGCUGAUGCUCCAGUUAUCACGCGUUAUGAAAAAGCUGUGGAACAACCGAGAAAGGGUUAA